GUAAACUUUGCUCUGGCUUGAAUCAGAUCUUCUCUUCGUUUGAAGGGGUUUCUGAAUUUCUAGCUUGGAAUCAUUUCUAAUUCCUUGUAGAGGUACAGAAUGUCUAAGAGCGUCCCCGUUUUCUUCAAUGUCAAAGCUCCUGAGGCCCAUAAGCACAAUGCUCCCAAGUUGCGUGCUACCAUUACUCCCGGAACCGUCCUGAUUCUUCUGGCUGGACGCCACGCUGGAAAGCGCGUUGUGUUCCUGAAGCAGCUCGCUUCUGGAUUGCUGUUGGUCUCUGGACCCUACAAGAUGAACAAGGUUCCCCUGUGCCGUGUGCACCAGUCGCGUGUCAUUGCUACCAGCACAAAGUUGGACAUUGGCUCCGUCAAGAUUCCCACCUCGGUCAAUGACUCGUUCUUCAACGGAAAGAAGUCGCCUGAGGAGAAGAAGGCCACUCAGGAGGCUGUGGAUGUGGAGGUCGUGAAGUCCAUUGAGGGAGUUCCUAUGAUGAAGGAAUAUCUGUCCUCUAGAUUCUGCCUCUCCAAGAGAUCCCGCCCUCAUGAAAUGAAGUUCUAAGUACGAUGAGCUCUCGUGGAGAUU